GAGAAAAACAAUACAUAAAUAAAUAUAUCGAUCAAUCAACUAAAUAAUCAAUAAAUAUCUAUAAAUUGAUAAAAAUGAUAAAUUUAACUUUAAAAAUAGUACUUUUGGUAGUAACAAUUACCUAAAUCAAUGGCUAAGGCUACAUUUAACUAUAAAAUUGUAUCAAAUACAAAUGUUCUAAUAUAAUUAGCUACAACGAAACAUAAGUAAUGCCUGGAUUUUAUUCUGAUUCUGAUAAAUUUAAUCAAUGUUAAGCAGAUAAUAAAAAUUGCUACAUUAAUAAAUUUAAAUACGUUUCUGACGCUUAGGAUUAAGGCAGAGCUCAAGAUUGCUACAAUAAUUGCUAUUAAAAAGACUCUUAUGAAAACGAUUACUUCAAAUUUUUCUUGGGUUGCUCAUGGGAUUGCGCAACAGAAGUAUACAAUAUCGAAAACAACUUUAAUAAAUUCAAAAUGAAUCCCGGAUAAAUUGCAAGCAUUUGCUUGAUAAUACUUUCCACCUUAAUGAUGGUUAUAAGAGGGACUUAAGUAUAUUACUCUAAAAAAGAAGUGAAAAUUAUUCCAAAAAAUUGAUUAAAACUGUAAUAAAAUUUAAUAAUAUUGUUUCAUAUGUUUGUUUGCAUAUAAAUACCUAUCUAUUCAUUUACUUUACUUACGAAAUUAAAAAAAAUUCUACUUUU